AUGGAAAACGAAAAGGUUACAACGACGCACAUGAAAAACUUGCAAAGUCAGCUUGAAGAGGCUUUUGUCGACUGUAAACAAAAACACGAAAAGUUAAUCGAGCUCAUUGAUAAAGACUCCGCAGAACGAGAAUUGCGGUGGAUUUUUGACGUUCAACAACGCUACAGUGAAAUUUCAGAAUUAAUGGCAACCCGCGUCGAUGAAAAUGAAAGCAAAACCUUCAUCAAAUCCAAUGACGGAGCAACCCUUAAGCUUACCACUGAUGCCAUGAAACCUAGCAAUAUUCACCUAGAGAAGAUCAAAAUGCCGAGAUUUGAUGGCGAGUUAAGAGAUUACCCCCAAUUCAAACGAGACUUCGAGAAACAAGUUAUGCCCAAUUUGAAUAUUAAUACCGCACCUUAUACGCUAAGAUCCUGCUUAGGAAUGGAACCCCUUGCUCAUGUAAAAAGCGUAGACGACGACAUCCAAGCAAUGUGGGAGCGACUAGACUCCAAAUACGGCGAUCCUGCAAAAGUCGCUGAUGCCAUCAUAAAUUCCAUUCAGAAUGUUAAAUGUAUUAAGGAAGGUGAGCACAAAAAGUUCAUUCAAUUCGUCAAUGUAAUUGAAGAAGGCUAUCGCGAUCUAUGCAACCUAAAAUUGGAGAAAGAGAUAACUACAACUAGCUCGAUCAGCAUCAUUGAGAAACGAUUACCCCCUGACGUAAUGAAAGAAUGGGCGAGAUUAGUCAGCAACGACACGAGCACCAUUGAUAAAACUGAUAAGUUUCCAAGUCUAUUGAGAUUUCUACUGAACCUGAAGAGAGCUCUUGAAUACCAGAACGCAGAGUUACGCCUGAGCAGUGAAAAAAUUAAGGGUUCCGUGAAUCAUACUGACAAGAAAGAUGACAAUCCAGUUGAACAACAACGAAAUACCAAACAAAACAGGCAAUGCCUUAUUCACGAAAAUGGUAACCACUGGACAAGCGAGUGCCGAGUAUACCUCUCCAAACCGAUUGAGGAAAAGGAGAAGAUUGUCAAGGAGAAGGGUGCUUGCUGGUCGUGUUUGAGACGUGGACAUCGCUCGCAACAAUGUCGAAGCAAACGAAUCUGCAAUGUCAAUAAUUGCAAAAGACCACAUCACAGUACACUGCAUCAAGAGAAGAAAGUAGAACCCUCGCCCAAACAAGAAGAAACGCCACCUUCAGUUUCUGGCACGGCAAGUGUAUGCGACAGCACUGACGUUGACACCUGUUUACUUCAGAUACAGAAAAUACGAAGUCCAAAAGGUUGGGUUAAUGUCUUGUGGGAUAAUGGAGCAUCCCUUUCCUUUAUUACAAAUGCAAAAGCAGAGGCAGAGAAACUGAGAGGAACCAAAGUUCAGCUAUCUCUGGUUAAGGUUGGAGGAGAGAAUGAAGCCCUGAUUUCAUACAAGUACAAACUUCCUCUAUUUGACCUACAAGGCAAUCGGAUUUACUUUGACGUGUACGGGAUAGACAAAAUCACUUCAGACAUCAUGAACGUUAAGAUAGACGGGAUUGCAAAACACUUCAAUAACAUACCAAAAGAAGAUCUUGUUCGACCCACUGGUACCGUCGAUGUUUUAAUAGGCUAUGAAUACGCCAACUAUCAUCCUCAGAAGGAGAAGAACGUCGACCACCUCCUACUCCUAAAGAACCGUUUCGGUAGAUGCCUUGGCGGGACACAUUCUUCAAUCAAGAAUAUGAAUGAAGAGCAACCUCUUAGAAACAUCAGAGCUCAUCAUGUACGAGCAGUAAGAAUCGAAGAUUUCUAUAACAUCGAGAAUCUCGGGAUCAAUUGCAAUCCGCGCUGUGGAGGCUGCAAAUGUGGCAAAUGUUCAGUCGGAAGUAAAAACUACAGCAUCAAAGAGGAGAAGGAAUUAGCACUAAUCGACAAGAAUUUGAAAUACGACGAAGAAAAUAAGAUAUGGAUUGCCGGGUAUCCAUGGAUCAGAGACCCUUAUGAACUUCCUGACAACAAGCGCGUAGCAUUCAGCAUGCUCAUGUCAACUGAAAGGCGACUCAUGAAAAAUAAAGCUCACGCUGACGUCUAUCAAAAGCAAAUAGAAGAUAUGAUUGCUAGAGGUGUAGCAAGAAAACUCUCCCAGGAUGAGUUACAAAGCUAUAAAGGACCAAUCCACUACAUUUCUCACCACGAAGUCCUGAAACCCGACUCAAAAUCGACCCCCGUGAGAAUCGUCUUCAACAGCAGUGCGAAUUAUAUGGGACACGUCCUAAAUGAGUAUUGGGCCAAGGGUCCAGACUUACUGAACGAAUUACUAGGAAUCCUGAUACGAUUCAGAGAAAAUGAAAUCGCCAUCAUCGGAGACGUAAAGAAGAUGUAUCAUACUGUCAGAACUCAGGAAACUGAUCACCAUACUCAUCGCUUCCUAUGGCGUGACUUCAAUACAAGUCAACAUCCCAAUACAUACAUCAUACAAAGGGUUUCCUUUGGAGAUCGCCCCUCUGGGACCAUAGCGACACUGGCAUUACGCAAGACAGCAGAGCGACUCAAACAGCAAUACCCUGAGGCAGCAAACGUAAUAAUCAAUAACACCUACAUGGAUGACCUUAUCGAAAGUGUUCCUACGCUGAAAGACGCCAAAAACCUUGCCUCAGACAUGGAGAAAGUUCUGAUCACAGGAGGAUUUCAGAUUAAAGAGUGGAUGUAUUCCUAUAACGCAAGCCAUGUUCAAUCAAUCCUACCAGUUACACCCAACACAGCGACGGAAAAGGUCCUUGGUGUCGAAUGGAAUACUAACCAAGAUGAACUUUGCUUCAAGGUCAAGCUAAAUUUACAAGGCAAAAUGAAGAAGAAGAAUCCCAAGCCCAUCGCUUGUGACGCUUUGACGAAAAGGAAGAUCCUGUCACAAGUGAACAGCAUAUACGAUCCACUCGGACUAGCAGGACCAGUUACUGUCAAAGCUAAGAUCCUCAUGAGACAACUAUGGAUAAGUGACCUCACCCUCGACUGGGAUGAUCCUAUACCAUCAGAUCACACGAAAGACUGGAUGAUUUUCUUCGAUGAUCUGCCAGGAAUGAAUGAAGUGAAAAUAAGAAGAUGCAUGAAAGCUCCUAAUACCGUAGGAAAUCCUAUCCUCAUCAUUUUCUCUGACGGGUCGACAAACGCGUAUGGCGCAUGCGCAUAUGCUAGAUGGAAACUGACAACAGGAGAAUUUGAUAGUCAUCUCAUCAUAUCUAAAAACCGCUUAACACCUGUAAAGAAAAUAUCCAUCGAUCGUAUCGAACUUUGCGGAGCUGUACUAAGCAGCAGAUUGAAAACAACUAUAACAUCCCACUGUAGAUACAAGUUUGAAAGAAUCAUCUAUAUUGUAGACUCGCAGAUUGUCCAUGCCAUGAUCCAGAAGGAGAACUAUGGUUACAACACAUUCGCAGCCGUUCGGGUGGGAGAAAUCCAAGAAAACACAGAUCCCGAAAACUGGUAUUGGACAGAGAGCAAAAAUAACAUCGCCGACUGGCUGACCCGCGGAAAGAAGUCAAAUGAAAUUGGCAUGUACACUUUGUGGCAAAAAGGACCGGAUUUCCUGAAGCUGCCUGAAUCUGCAUGGCCAAUCACACGUACUUAUACACAACGGCAUGCAAACGUAAUCACACAUACCAAACCAGAUGAAGCUGUAAACGAUUCACUCGCAAAACGAAUAAACAUUGAUAGGUUCUCAACCUACAAUAAGCUUAUCCAUACAACCGCUCGAAUUCUAGCAAUGUAUAAUAAGACACACAAGAUGACAUUUAAAAAUGCCUCAAGACCGCUCACACCAGAUGAUAUCUCGAAGGCAGAAACAUUUUGGAUUCAUGAAGCUCAAAAAUCAAUGCAACGUGACAUAGAUAAAGGGAAAUACAAACGACUUUGUCCAAGGAGGCGCGAUGAUGGCAUAUACGUCGUAGGUGGCCGCGGUGAGAGAUGGAUCGAGAUGAGUUAUAACAAAACCGAGGUAAUACUUCUGCCAUAUCAACAUCGCCUCUCACGCCUUUAUGCUGAGCAUAUUCACAGAAGAGGCCAUCUCGGAUUCCUCGCGACGGCCAGCAAGGUGAGAUCAAGAUUUUGGAUCACGAAGUUGUUGAAACUAACCAAAUCCAUCAAAUACAACUGCAUUAUCUGUAGAAAGCUUGAAAGAAAACCAGAAGAACAAAUUAUGGGAAAACUCCCAAUAGAGAGGCUGAAACCCGCACCCCCGUGGAAUUCCACUGCGAUUGAUUAUUUCGGACCCUUCAAGAUUAAAGACGAAGUCAAGAAAAGAACAUUUGGAAAGGGAUAUGGAGUACUGUUCAACUGCAUGGGAACCAGAGCUGUCCAUAUCGACAUAGCUCCUGAUUACAGUACCGACAAAUUCCUAAUGGUACUAAGAAGAUUUGUAUCGAUCAGAGGAUACCCUUCCAAAUUGUAUUCUGACAAUGGCAGCCAAUUAGUAGCAGCAAGAGCCGAGCUAAAGAAAGUCAUCAACGACUUAGAUAAGAAACAGCUAUUAGAGUUCGGAGUAAUGGAAGGAUUUGAAUGGAAGUUCUCAUCAGCAGAUGCCCCCUGGCAAAACGGUGUAUCGGAAGCACUUAUUAAAUCCGUGAAAAAAGCAAUCACAUUAGCUAUUGGUGAAAGCGUUCUAACCUUCUCCGAGUUACAAACCAUUUGUUACGAAGCGGCAAAUCUUGUAAAUGAACGACCAAUCGGCCGACAUCCUACAUCAACAGAUGAUACCUAUCUUUGUCCCAAUGACCUCCUCCUUGGUAGAGCAACAUCAAGAGUACCAAGUGGACCUUUCAAAGAGCCGUCCAACAUCAAACAGCGCUUUGAACUUGUACAACAACUAACUGACUCAUUUUGGCGGAAAUGGACUCGAGACUACUUUCCAAGCUUAUUAGUCCAACAAAAAUGGCACACGGCCCAGAGAAACCUUGAAAUUGAUGACAUUGUUCUUAUCCAAGAUUCUAACGCGAAAAGAGGACAAUGGAAACUUGGGAAAAUAUCAAAAGUUUACAAAGGGGAAGACGGGAAGGUCAGACGAGCCCUCGUCGAAUAUAAAAAUCCCAAGCCUGGCGAAAAAGUGACCGAAUACAAAGGGAAAGGCUUUACAACUAUCGAACGACCAGUUAACAAGCUGAUAACUAUCCUACCUGCAUCAGAACACAAAUGA